AGAGGGGGGACUGGGCAGCCAGGGGGCAGCGGGCUCCUCCGGCCAAGGGAAAUGCGCGGAGCUGCCGCGGCUUGGGCGCUCUGAGAGCUCGCGGUGCUGCUGCGAGCGGGGGGGACCUGUGGCUGCUGGAGCAUCUCCGGAGGGGGGAGCAGUGGCUGCAGGUGCAGCAGCCCGGGCUUGGUGCCGCCUUUGUUUCGUGCUGGGACCCUGCCGUCGCUAUGAGCGCCUCUCCCUCCAGAGUGAUCCCCCUGCUGCUGGGGGCCGCGAUGCUGUGGGGGCCGAGCUGCCUCUCCCUGCGAGUCCUCAGCGGUCAAAAAGUGUGUUAUGGAGAUAUCAAGCAUCCCUGUUACAAGAUAGCCUACUUCCAGGACUUGUCAAGACGUGUUGGCUUUCAGGAGGCCCGUCAUGCCUGUGAAAUCGAUGGUGGUGUGCUUUUAAGUCUGGAAAGUGAAGCUGAACAGAAGCUCAUAGAAAACAUGUUACAAAACCUCACUAAGUCGGGCUCUGGGAUUUCUGAUGGUGACUUCUGGAUUGGAUUGUGGAGAAGCGGAGAGGGACAAGCAACAUCGAGUGCUUGCCCUGAGCUCUACCAAUGGACUGAUGGAACCAUUUCAUCAUUUAGAAAUUGGUAUACAGAUGAGCCUUCCUGUGGAAGUGAAGCUUGUGUUGUGAUGUAUCAUCAACCAACCGCAAACCCUGGCCUUGGGGGGCCUUACCUUUACCAGUGGAAUGACGACAGAUGCAACAUGAAGCACAAUUUUAUCUGCAAGUAUAGUCCAGAUAAUGUCCUAGAAAAAGAACUAGGCGACAGAACAGACACAGAUUAUGAGUUUUUUCCAUCAGUGACAGCAGGAAAGCCUUAUGAUGAAAACAAACCAGAAGAUAAUUCUCAUGUAGUUGUUACUGAAACAGGUAUAAUUCCAAAUUUAAUUUAUGUUGUUAUACCAACCAUACCACUGCUGUUGUUGAUAUUAGUGGCUUUUGGUACUUGCUGUUUCCAGAUGCUACACAAAAGGGAAGCAAGGAGAAACUGCUUCACAGACCCAUCUCCAUUAUCAUCUGAAUGCCUUGCAGAAAGUUUAAAUUCCAACCUGUAAAGGAAGAACAAAAACCAGCCCAAACCAGUCCACAUUAUGGAUUUCAAAGAAUCCCAGGAAGGACAGUACCAUGGAGGUAUAACAAUUUAAUGACUGAACACAAAGCAAAAAUAAUAUUUUACAGUCAGGCUCUAUUAUAAUGUCAUCUCAGCACAUUAGCUUGGAAUGGCUUGAGACUGCAAUGGAUCAGCAAGAUGAACUGUAAGCUCCCCCUUGAGGCAACUAUUCAGAUCAUUUUUGUAUGUAACAUUUGAUUAUUAAUUAAAUGAACCAUGUCAUGCUAAAGAAAGAAAGAGGAUGUGUCUAUUUUGCUAAGGGAAGUAACUCGGUUACAACUGAGCAGUGGAAUGGACAAUGCAUUUGAAGUUUAUAGGGGGAAAUAUCUACAAUGUGUGUCAGUUUUAAAAUUGUUUGUAGUAAUCAUAACAUUUAUUUCCUGUACUCCCUCAUACAUUCUACUUUAGUUGAUGUACUGUAAAUUGA